AUGCAGUUCUUUGCCCGUCGCGCAUUCUCGUCCCGAUCAGCCAUCCGAGCACCCCCCGCUCCCUCGUCCGCCGUCAUGGCUUCCGCACCUCGAAGCACCGUCCGACCUGGUCGUGUAGCCAUGCUUCCCAAGGCCACCGAGCCUACCUCUCCCCCUGCUUCGGCGGGCGUCAGCACGGCAGCAACCCUGUCGCACGACGUCUUUCCUCAAGUCGGAAGCAUCUCGGUCCCGGGAGAGCAGCCUAAUGUCAUCCGCACUGGAGAGCAAUAG